AUGAUGAUCCGAACUCCAGUUCCGAAAAGGGCGAGGCCCAUCGAGCCUGCUCCUAUUAUCGAGAGCCCGCCCACCGGUUCCGAUCAUCACCGGCAGCUCGCUAUCUAUGAAGAUCCUCCCUCUGCCGAUCCUGCUCGCCGGGAGCCCUACCAUGAGCCCUUGCAACAGUCCGAGCACAUGCUCUGCACCUAUCAGUGCCGCCAAAUGGUUAAAGCAGAUUUUCUAGAUGCACUGAGCAAUGCAGAAAAGCAAGUUCAGGACUAUCAGUCUCAACUGGCUGAAUUGAGUGAUAACUUCAGGAAAGCUGACGAGGAGCGGAAGACAUUUAGGGAGAAGUUAUCAUACGCAGAGCAAGAACUUGCUGCUGCAAAAGGACGAGAGCAAGCAUUGCAUGAUCAACUACUGAAGGAGGUUAAUGACUCCCAUGAAAGGUUGAAAAAAGAAUUAGAAUCGUCUGCAAAACUUCAGACAAAGCUUGAAAAUGAACAGAACCUUCAUAAGAAAGCAGAAUCCACCGCAGCUGCUGCUGAAGAUAAAUCAAGAGAGUUGGAGGCAAAACUUGGGCAUAUUUCUCAAAGCAUAGAAAAGGAGAAGAAGCGACUCAAUAACGAACUUGUCCAUCUGAAACGGGAUUCCAAGUUUUCAAUUUCGAAGAUAACUGUGGAUCUUGAGAAAAUGGAAUUCAGAGCUCAAAGUUCCGAGAAAGAAGUUGAGCUGCUGAGGAAGCAGCAAGAGGAUCUGCAGUCCAAAUUUUCUGAGUGCUUUCACCAUAAGAGUGAAUUGGAGAAAAAGUUAACAAGCCUCUCAUUUGAAGAUGUUUCUCCAAAGGAGAGUGAUAUUUUGGUUAAGCAUCUACAAGAAGAGCUUCGCAAUUAUGAGUCGGAGGUUAGAGAGGCAAGAAAACUGAAAUCUGCUCAUGAAAACAUUGAAUUAAUAAAUGAAAAACUAUUGGAAGAAAAGAGCCGCAGGGAGAGAGCUGAGUUACAAUUGCCGAAGUUGCACGAAUAUGAGCUCAAGAUAAAUGAAUUGGAGGAUGAGUUAUCUGCUUGGAAGCUAAUGAUUCAGGAGAUCCCAGGUGUUUCGUGCCGUGAUGACAUACGUUUGCGAAUUUCAGCAUUACAGAAAGAGGUGAUUGAUAACUUGAAGAAGCUCGGUGAUGUGAAUGCCCAUUUGAAACAAAUGGAGGUGAUUUUGGACAAAACCCAACUUGACAAACAAAAAACUGAGACAGAAGCUGUAUUGGCUAAAGAGAAAGCUGACCGGUUGGAAGCAGAGGUUAAGAGGAUGAAUGUGAUGCUUUCUGCUGUUUCUGAAGAGCGGAAUGUGUUAAAAACUGCCAUUGAAGAUUUCAAAUCAAAGAAUGAACAAGCAGGGGGGAAUGCAAGUAGUAGUAUCAUGCAGGAGCUUGGAUCAUCUAUCUUGGAAAGAGAACCUUACAUUAAAGAACUGGAGGGCGAUUUAUUUGCGCAAAAGGAGAUCAAUACCCGUCAACGUGAUGAAAUAAAGUCACUUCAUGACAGACUAAAUAGUGAAGCUAGGAGAGUAAAAUCCUUGGAGAGGGAGAAUGACCGCCUUCGCUCAGAGAUUUUUCUGUUAGAGUCGAAGAUAGGUCAUGGUGACUUUUCUGCUGCCAAUACCAAAGUGCUAAGAAUGGUAAACACCCUUGCAGUAGGUAAUGAUGCCAAACAAACGAUUGAGGCUUUACAAAGUGAGCUUCAGAGGACAAAAGAGAAGUUGCAAGCACUUGAAGAGUAUAAGAGUCAGUCGGGUAAUUCUGGCAAGAUGGUAGACUCAUACAUGUCCGGCAAGGUGGCACAGUUAAAAGAACAAAUUGCAACACUGGAGAAACGAGAAGAACGAUACAAAACAGUAUUUGCAGAUAGAAUCUCGGUUUUUAGGAGGGCAUGCUGUGAACUUUUUGGCUACAAGAUUGUGAUGGAUGAACGCCAGCAUACAAAUGGAAUCCCAGUUACUCGGUUUACCCUUCAGUCCAUAUAUGCAAUGAAUGACAACGAAAAGCUUGAAUUUGAAUAUGAAUCAGGGAAUACAAACAUUGUGGAAAACAGCUACACCUCAACCUCAGAAAUUUCUCAGCAGGUUGACAUAUUUGUACGCAAGAUGAAUUCCAUCCCAGCUUUCACGGCGAACUUAACAGUGGAAUCUUUCAACAGACGAACCCUGUCUUAG